AUGGCGUGCAGGACGUCAGCCAUCACUCUGGGGCUGAAGCGCUCUGGAGCAUUCAUCAGGGUACCGCAGCCUGCACCCACGUCCGUCAACCGCGGCCCAUCCACGACCGAGCCUAUGCCAUCGACCAUUUCGCCGCCUCGUGUGUUGGGCGGCGAGACGAGCCCUCAGCCGCUGCACAGCCUGGCUCCCAAGACCGACAAGCCGACGGACAGAGACGCCUUGCUGGGCGAUUUGAAACUGCUUGAACUGACGCCCAGACGGCCGAAUCUACAGCUGGUGGCCUCAUUCGUCAUUGGGGAGGCCCUCCUCGCAGCCGCCACCUUUGGCACGGUACACACACGCAGACACACACACUCAGACAGACAGACGCGAGGGCACAUAUGCUCCCGCACGAAUCCAUUGUCGGUUGCUGUCUGCCUGCCUGUCUGCCUGCCUGCCUGCCUGCCCAGGCCUACUUUGUUCCGUUCCUCGACCCCUUCUUCGGUUCCCACUUGGACCAAGAGGCAGUGGUGCAGGGGGUGCUGUGGUCACUGCCGCUCGUGGCAUUCGGCUUUCUGCUCGACAACCUGCCCUGGAAGAUCUUCAAAAAGAUUGACAGAGAUACCAAGUUCCUCGUGUUGGCGUUGUUCGGCAAGGAGGCCAACCUGCCGACCGUGGCUCUGCUGGCGGCCACCUUGGCGGGGGCGGCAGGCUUUGCGGAGGAGGCGCUGUUCAGAGGCACCCUACUGCCCCUGUUCAACCUGCCGCUCUUCGGCGGCUUCCCUUCAGGCCUGCUUAUCUCGUCAUUCCUCUUUGGCGUCGCCCACAGCCCGGUGCCCGGCGCUGACGCAUUCCUCGAGGCCGUCUAUGGCCUCUGGUUCGGUGUCAUCUACUACAUGGCCGACGGCAACAUUUGGGUGCCCAUGAUCGCACACGCCUUCUAUGACUUCGUGACCUUCCUCUGGGUGCACGUCCGCGCCACCAGCCGCGUCAAGCAGCUCACCGAGUCGGUCAGCCCUGAGGCGCUCCGCGAGAUGGAAAUGCAGGUCCGCGAGAGCCUCCCAGCGGAGUUCGCGCGCUUUGCCAAGGCGACGUUCCAAAUGCUUGAUCUGGACGGCAGUGGCGGGAUCACGAAGGAGGAGCUGCGGCUGGGGCUGCGGGUGUUCAGCAACCGGCUGCGGGACGAAGAUGUGGACAAUCUGUUUGCCGCCAUGGACAGGGACGGCAGUGGGCAGAUCGACUUCAACGAAUUCCUGUCUUUCGUCACCAAACGACUCGUCAUCAGAUAGAUAGGGAGAUCGUCAGAUGUGUCAGGGGCGGUCAGAGGUGGGGAGAGUACGUCAGUCACUCGAUAGUGCUGGAGUGAGUGGAGGCUGUGUGCAUUUUCCUGGCUCCAAACCCCCGUACGAUGACUGCCUUGCGCGCACUGUAGAAUGGACGGACUGAUGCUUGUUUGUUUCUGGUUUCGGUAGCCACGUAUUUCUCGUCAGCUGAGCUGAAGUUGGGGUUGCUGCUUUUUAUGUGAGACGCGAGUACGUGCGCCUGUCGGCAGGCCAGGCUCUUUUUCACGUCCAACACAACAGACCGAGUGAGUGUGUUGUCGUGUGUUGUAGUGUGGUGUUGGUUGACAAUGAACUGAGGCAAUUCAGACUCAUAAUAAGCCAUCUUAACGCUGCUCCUUCGGUC